CGCCCCUAUUCUAUCUUAUUUUUUAAACCCAUUUCAUAAACCAGGGAUGGGUUUCAUACACCAGGGAUGGGUUUCUUUUAGCUUUUUGAAAAAUUCCGGGGUAGCCAAUGUGACCGAUGUCAUCGUGUGUGGCGUCAGGACUAAGUUGUGGGUAGGCGGGAGAAAUCAAAAUCGUGCAGAUUGAGUUCUCACCAGGGCCUCCUGGGACCUUUAAUAUCAAACCUUGCUCUGUUACAGACCAGUCAGGAAGGGUCCUGAGAGGUGUCGUGUAUCUGCCUUUUGAUCCCAACCAGACUGAACAGUGUUGGGAGGCCCGGAUAGUUUUCCUGCUGGGAUAUCCUUUGAUGAGCUUCAUAAAAUCAGCAGAUUCUCCUUGGGCGGGGUGGUGAAAACAAUAACUUUUAGUUAUUUUUAGUAAUUUUUAGUCAUUUUGCUUUUUGAACCCAAAUCUGCUAAUGCAAAGGGAAGUGUCUACUAUGGACACAGUUGUUCAUCACUUAACCACAAGAAGACAACACACAGAGAAUAUUGUCCUUGUUGAAACCACUCAGGGCCUCGUUUUACAUCUAGCGACAUAAGAUGGAUAAGCACAUUUUUUCCCCAUGUAUUUAUCGAGUAGGCAGGAAGAUCUGGCUGCAUUUGGGCCUGGGUAUAGCCCGCCACAGUGCUUUGAUGAAGGACUCGACCCUCCUUUCUUUCAUCUUAGGAAGAACACAGUUACUCACUCUUCUGGAGCCUGUAAGAGCCUAGACGUGGAAGAUAAGAGCAGCACUUAUUCAGACUGAGCGGCUGUGGGGAUUUUAAGUCAUCGACUUACUUACUAUGGUGGAGAUAAAGGUUCAGGUUUAUGCUGAAUGAGGAAAGGGUAUAGGGACUUUGGAUGUCAAGUAUUAGAAAGUCCAACUCAGUAAAUGAGUAGAGAACGAUGGCCACAGCUUCUAGACUCUCCAGCUUCUGGCCUUUCUUCUCUGCUGGGCUUCAUUCUCCUUACUCUGAUUAUGGCUAUUUGAAUUGAGUUCCGUUGCUUCGGAAUUCACCAGAUUGGAAGGCUUGCUCCCUUAGCUAAUCCUGACAUACCUGCCUCAUGGAAAGAUUUACUGCUUAAGAAAUUUGUGAACAUCAUUUCUGGCCAUCUGAUGACAUCAGUGGAGGCAGUACUGUGAGCCCCAUUAUGAGGCUCAGAAAGGGUAGGAGGCCAGCCCAGGGUCACAAAGCAGAGCUGUAGGCUGGGCUUUUUGCAGUUCAGGGUAUCUGUUUUCUGCUGGUGGGGAUUUGUAACCUAGGAUAAAAUACUGGAAGAGGAACAAGUGGCUGGUUCCCUAUAGAGCUCUUAGGUUUUCCUCUUUCCUGCCAAGAAAGGUAGCUUCCAUUGUGGCCUGUGUGCCCUUGUGCUGGAAACGCCCGUUGCUCCCAAUUCCCAGUGGUCAGAAUGUUCUUUUCACAGGUCAGCUGCAUCAGAAAACGAGGGAGCUGUGCGGUCCCUGAGGUUGGCUCGAGCACAAGGACAGGGUCACUUGAAACCCAUCUGGAAGCAGCCAUCAGGAGGUAAAAGGGGAUGUACUUUGGCUAUUACAUUGAAGACACCAUGGGGGAGUACUAAUUGGAGGAGUGGUGCGGAUACAGACUUCAUUUACUAUUCAGAAGAAUCCAUAAACAUUGUCCCAUAGAGAAACCACUGCACACAGAUGUCUUCUCACAGAAGGCCAUCCAGAAUUGUAGGGCUCAUUUGCAGGUACAUGGCUAAGCCCUGGACCCCUGCUGCACCUUACCCAGGAUUCCACAGUUCUCUUGUGGUCAAUUCUUGAUGGAUUUCACUCCUGGAUGCUGGCGAUUCCGGGGCAGAAGACAUGGCUCUGAUCAGGCUGGGGUUUGGAAGGCAGCAUUUUUGUCUGUUAAAGAGAAGGAGUUUCCUGAUGUUGAAACUCGCAGCUCUUGUCUUUGCCGUGGUCCUGUUUUGUGAAUUUUUAAUCUAUUACUUAGUGAUCUUUCGGUGUGAUUGGCCUGAGGUGAAAACUCCAGCCAGCGACAGUGGACAAAAGACUCUGAAAGCCAUGUUUUUGGCUGAUACCCACUUGCUUGGGGAAGUACGAGGCCAUUGGCUAGACAAAUUACGAAGGGAGUGGCAAAUGGAGAGAGCCUUCCAGACGGCUCUGCGGUUGUUGCAGCCAGAAGUCGUCUUCAUUCUAGGGGACAUCUUUGACGAAGGGAAGUGGAGCUCCUCCCAGGCCUGGGCGGAUGAUGUGGAGCGGUUUCAGAAAAUAUUCAGACACCCACGUCAUGUGCAGCUGAAGGUGGUUGCUGGCAACCAUGACAUUGGCUUCCACUAUCAGAUGAACGCAUACAAAAUAAAACGAUUUGAGAAAGUUUUCAGCCCCGAAAGGCUGUUUUCUUGGAAAGGAAUUAACUUUGUGAUGGUCAACAGCGUCGCCCUGGAGGGGGAUGGCUGCCACAUCUGCUCUGAAGCGGAAGCCGAGCUCAUCGAAAUUUCUCGCAAACUGAACUGCUCCCGCAAGGGAAUGCUGGCUUUGCCGGGUGAACUGAUUUCUCCCCAGCAGGAACGUCGCUCGGGCCCGUGCCCGGACCCGCAGCUGCUGCCAGCGUCGGCCCCGGUGCUCCUGCAGGUGAGGGGGGGCCGUGCAGCGCCAGCUCCGCGGGCCCGAAUGGCCAGGGCCUCCUGCUUACGAGUGACCCUCUCGAAAUCCCGGCAGCAUUUCCCACUCUACCGGAGAAGCGAUGCCAACUGUUCCGGGGAGGACGCCGCGCCUCUGGAAGAGCGGGGCAUCCCCUUUAAGGAGAGAUACGAUGUGCUUUCCCAGGAGGCCUCACAGCAGCUGCUUUGGUGGCUCCGGCCACGCCUCAUCCUGAGUGGCCACACGCACAGCGCCUGCGAGGUGCUCCACGGGGCGGAAGUCCCUGAGAUCAGCGUGCCGUCUUUCAGUUGGAGGAACAGAAACAACCCCAGCUUCAUCAUGGGCAGUAUGACACCCACAGAGUACGCCCUUGCCAAGUGCUACCUCCCCUACGAGGACACCGUUCUGGCCACAUACUGUGUAGCAGCUGGGCUCCUGGUGGUCCUCAUAUUAGUUCACUCUGAGCUUCUACCCUCACCUUUUCUUUUUGGCUGGAACCUGCUCAGAAAAUUUAAGACAACGUGAAGAGCAGGAGACUUUUGUAUUUCGUAAUAAAUAACAAAGCCAAAGAAACUGGACCUUGGGCAGGGCUCACAUGAGCUGAGAUCAAAGGAGGCUGUCUUUACACACAUCGCAGAAAUUGUAAAUCACGGAUGCGAAUUCCUGCAGAAUAAAUAGUUGAUUGUACUGUUCUCAUGCUAUAAAAAUGGAACAUGUACGCUACAACAGGUCUGUUUUCUCAUUUUAUCAAAUAUAUGUAUAAUCAAAGAUCGUGUCUGUACAAUAUGUAAAAGCUAUUAAAGUCACCGCUUGCAUGCACUAGACUGUCCUACCUUCCCCAAGAUGGAGCUGGCGGCCCGGGAACACACUCGGGAGUGUGUGUGAACACACGCUGGGUUGCUUCUGUCCCCCUACGAAGUGGUCCUCACAGUCUUAGAUAUUAUAAAGCUGAACACUUAAAAUAAUAAAAGCACAGAUGCCACAAGCAGGAAUAUAUUGUUUUCGCAGACUUUUGUACUUUCUGUGCUAAUAAUGGAAUCAGAUUUUUAGAGAAGUGUAAUUUUCUCUCCAGCAGACCAGGCUGUUAAAUCUGAAUGUAAUGCCUGUCAUGAUCCAAAGAAACUUGAGAAAAGGACUGGGAAGGGGCUUUUGGUAUUUACAAAUGAAUAUGUUUCGAUAAUCUUCAGCCAGAUAAAAUGUGUUCUUUCUGUGUGCCUUUUCCGAGCCUGGCUCUGUGUCUCAGUAGGCACCUCAGUUGCAGGGGAACUGCUGGGUGAUAAUGGAGAUAACAGCACCCAGCUUCUCUGUUCGUGCACACGUGGGGGUGCAGCUCUGCAGUUCUUCCCGUUGUACACUGAGAGCACAACGGAAAGGAAAUAAUCUCCACUCUGUGUGUCGCAUUUCAUAUCAGAGUUUUACGCGACAGGGAUGAGAGGGGCAGGAAUUUAGUGAUGCUGACAUAAAUUACGUGUUCACUACACUGAUCGUCUGGAAAGUUGUCAUCCUUUCUUCCCUGGAACAGUCGUAUUUAAA